UGCUUUGCUUCGGGGUGGCAGGAAGGGACGUGGUGGGUGUAGCUGGAGUGGUCAAAACACCGCUAAUGAAGGGGAUAGCGAGGUUUGAAAAAAGAGACAAGCAUAUGCUACUGGCAGGAUCAACCAGGUAGCCCAGACAGGACGAGCGUUUGGCCGCCCGAGCGUAGAGCUGCAUGGCGGCGCCCGGUCGGGGGGCGGGGCGGGCACACUACCGUUUAACCGACUAGUAAAAUACUAAACGUUUAAUAAAUGAGUCGGCGGUUAAACGAUUAAAUGACUAGUCCGCACAUCCCUAUUUGAUAUAUUUUUACUUACUUUCUGACACACUUUACAACUUUAGACUCCUCCACAUUACAAUAUUCUUUUAACUCUGUACUGUAUCUAAUGUGCAGAUAAUUCUGUUUUACUGCGUUCAUGUAUGGAAAUAUGUGGUUUGAUAUUAUUGCCAUCACUUUUGCAACACUGGAGAUGACUAACAUUCAACAGUGGCAUGUUUUUAUUCUUAAACACAAUGAUCUUACAACAUGGGAAAGUGAAACCAACAGCACCAGCAGGCAGAAACCUAUGACUUCUGUCAAACUUAAAAACUCCAUCUUUUAAAGUUGAUGAAAUCAACAAAAAAUCUUGCCUUGCUCGCUACUUUAAAUAAAAUCUGGGGAAUCCCUUGGUGACGACAUGCAAAUUUUUGACCCACUUUUUCUAAACAUAUCUAGAUAAACAAAAAAAGCACUGCAUCCCUCCCUCAUACACACCCACAGCAGCUCUGAUAUAAGAAAAGACGACUGGCAUCGUCUACACUGAAGAUUUCACACUGACUGGCUCUGCCGUUACACCACCUGCAGCACUUCUAUCAGUUAAGCAACGUCCAUCAUGUUGCAGAAUAACAUGUUGUUCGUUCUCAUCUGCUGCCUCUGUGCAAGGACAAAACUUCUGAAUGCAAAGACGUUGCCUGAACAGGACACCAUCUCUCUGAAAGCUUCGGCAGUGGAUUCUGGGAAAUUUUCUCAGCAGGAAGCUACUCUGACUCCAUAUUUUUCAACUGAAGAUCCUGUGAAAUCUCAGAAUAUCUCUGUCCAGGCUGUUGAGGAGAAAACCACUAAUGUCUCACUGAAGUCCUCUGGUGCCUCAGUCCCGGUUUCCUCUGCUCUGUCUGGUCUCGUCAGAAUCCCUCUGAGCUUGUCUCCGGACUCUGUUGACGACAUGUACUACGGCUGCUCUGAGAAGAUGCUCAUCAAGGUGAAACGUCAGUUCCUUCCCAGAAGAACCAGGGAAGAACUGCACACCACAUACACGACACUUUGUGCCAUUAAAGCCAUGAAGAAUAAGGACACCUAUGACCUGCUGUCCUGGAAUCACUUCAAGGCUCUGUGUGCUUACACAGCGGGGGCCUAUGAUGGCUUGAACCGAGCCGUCCGUAAAGGCAAAGCCUCCUAUAAGAGCUCGUUUGAAUUUCACGCGCUGCACUUCCUGCUGUCUGACGCCAUCAGGCUCCUGAAGCUCAACCAAAGGAGCUGCUACACCACGUACCGGAGAAGCAAACUGCUCUUCAGCGGGGAACCUGGACAAACCAUCCGCUUCGGCUCCUUCGCCUCCAGCUCCCUGAACCCGGACCUGACCCAGUUUGGGCGGAGGACCUGCUUUGAGAUUCGCACAUGUUUCGGCGCCUACCUCAAGUCCUACUCGGAGCUGGACUCUGACGAGGAUGAAGUUCUGAUUCCUCCAUACGAGAUGUUCAACAUCGUCUCUGUUGACACGUCAGGAGAGAAUCAUUUAAACUGUGAUGUUGUGUACAAGCUGGAGAACGCUGGGGUUUACAGCAAUCUCAACUGUCAGGCUGUGGACCUUUAAAAACUGACCGCAAAACUGUAGCACUACAAUUUAAAGUCACUUUGAUAAAUCUCUAAGUCAUUGAGAUCUACAGUCCACAUGUCAACAUAUGCAUUAUGUUUCACUGUGAAUUCAUUAAAGCACUAUUAUGUUCAGAAUAAACACUCAUUCUUAAUGUUAAUCUCACCACGA